AUGAACAAACAUCGAUUACGUUCUGUGCUUCUGAAGUUGGACGCUCGUUUAACUGAGGAUGACCGACAACGUUUUCAUUUCUUCAUGGGGAAUAAUGUUCCUCGACGAAUUAGGGAUGAUAAAUCGCUGAAUGGAACACUUUCCCUACUGGAAUCGCUUUUCGAUCGAGAUAUAAUCAAUGAACGAGAUUUUACGUUUUUGAUCGAUGCUUUUGAAGAAAUCGAAUGCUUCGAUGCGGCAAAGCUCUUACGAGAACAUAGAGCAAUAUUGCAAUCAUUAGGUUCGAGACACUCAGUACAAAGCUUAGUAUCGAUAAUGCCACCAGUAAGAGAUGGACUCUUAUCUAGUGUUAUCAACGAUCAAGACAAUGAAAAAGACGGAAUCGUUAUAUUUAAUCAACUGUUCAAUACACCGCUUACUAAUCUACAAAACAAUCACAAUACAACUAAUGUUCGUACUGAAAAUGAAGGAGCAGAAGUUACUUUAUUAAACAAUCGUGAGAAGUCAUCGUCCUCAGUAGUAUUAGCAACAUUGUUAAGCCUUGUGAUUAAAAAGAACAAUCAAAUUUCACAUUUUGAACAACAAACUUCGCAAGUUAAACAACAAAUCUCACAGUUUGAGCAACGAAUAGCACAGUAUGCACAACAGAUAUCAGAAUUUAGACAGAACACAAGUAAUUUGGACAAUGAAAAACAAAGAACGAUCCUGAAGCUCGGUACGACGUUUGGUGGAGAUGGGGGUGGCCACUUUGAUGAUUCAGAAGCAGAUAAUUUUACGCAUUCCUGUUAUUUGAGUGGAUUAGAGACAGGAGGUGAUGAUGACUCCUUGGUUCACGUACAAUUUUUUUAUUCAUCUUCGAAAGGCGGCGAUAAAGUCAUCCAAGGUCCAACUCAUGGCGAUAAAAGAUUUUCUAAAACUUCACGAAAAUUUACUCUCAACGAAGGAGAGGCAUUUGUCAAAGUUCAAGUAUAUUUUAACCAUCGGAAGGUAAUUAUGGGAGAUAAGUCAACGAGGAAUGUUCUUAUACUAACAGGAAUACAGUUCGCCACCACGAUAGGUCGAUUAAGUCCUUUCUUUGGAAAACGCUCUGGCCAUGAAUUCAGCGAGAAUUCCACUGGUUUUAUUGUUAGUUAUGUAACUGGAAGAAGUGGUAUACUCAUCGAUCAGCUACGAUUUGCUUGGUAUCGAAAUCCUGCUGUAUAA